CGCGUGGAGCACCCCCUCAACAUUUUCAUCCCACACACGCGCCGUUUUCCAAAUAGAUUGGGCUUUAGUAAUUUCCGUUCUCACCGUCGCUUGUGCAUCCCACAAGCCACAAUUGGCCCAAAGACGUCCAUCCACCAAGUCUCUUGAUCUGUAAGCGAAUCGCCUUCAGCAUGUCGUCGUCGCAGCUCAUUCUGGGCCAUGGUUUUUUCUCUCCGGAGGAUGUACAGCUUGCCAGUCUGAUCCCAAACAUCGAGGAUAUCGAGCUCGACUCUCUCGAAAGUGUCUUGCCUUUACAAGAGAAGGACUACACGGUGAAGAAACGCGAUAAUCUUGCUGCUACCAUCCAAGCCACCGAUAAGACCAAAUUCGCCGCAUUUCUCUCCCGCAUCUUCAAUUUGAGUUCGUAUCGUUCCAGCCAAACCAACCUCGACGUAAUUGCGCAGACCGGAAACACUUAUGUCCUGCGCAAACCGACCAGGUGGUUCAACGAGCUAUGCGAGAAGGAAGAGGUACAGAAAUGGCUUCAGGAGCAGAUUGAGUAUGGGAAUCAGGUGUAUUUCGUGAUCGGACUGUAUACGAUAUUUGACGCUGCAGUGUCUGACAACUUGGAACGAAAAUUAAAUCUUAACGGAGACAUUUCGGCGUCCGUCGGUGAUGUCGCCGGUUUACCAGUUGCACCUGCCGUCAAUGUCGGGCUUUCUUCCAGUCACGAACGUACUCGGGGUGCCACACAUCGGUGUACCUUGCCGGGGGAGCAGAUAUAUGCAGUACGAUUAAAGAAGGUGGUGUAUCACACUUGGCAAACAAAAGAUGCCAAAAAUGCACGUCUAGCAAAACAUAGCCAUUGGAGAAUGGCCUCCGACAAUAGAAGUUCUGCCGAGGAAAAUUCAGAGAUUGUGGAAGUCUUCCUGGAGGGGGAUUCUGACGAGGGGGAGGAUGACGAAGCGCUUGAUGCUAGCGCACUGAGCUUCUCUGUCCUUGGCGAAUGAAGAUCAUUGUCCUAGAUCGGGUUCAGUCCAAGAGCCUUUUUCCUCCAAAGCUCGGGUGUAAAGAUUCAAUUCUUAAGCUGCCUCGAUCCGUUGUCACAGUCGUCAUCCAUAGCUCCGUCGUAUA